AUGCCGUGGUACCAGCUCAUGCUCGUGCUGAUCGUCGCCACAUCCACGGUCGGUCAAGCCCAAUUGUCGCCCUGUGACGACGGACUCGUACCCUGCACGUCGAAGGGCGGAAAGCACUUCUGCGUCGACUGGGACAACCCGUGGCAAAAGGAGUGCCGUCAUCAGGACUGCCCGGAGAACAGUGUGCCCCUCAAAAUCGGUAGUAAGGUGGCCUGCGUCCCGAUAGACCUGCUCGCUGACGGUACCAAUUUGCCCGCCACCUGGAGAUUUAACGUCUGCCAAUCGGACUAUCAAGUCAACUGCGGCAUCAACACGACAAUCUGCCUGGACAGCACCGAGCUCCUCGACUACGACCUCGACUCGCAGCUCUGCAUCCUUCCUGAUUGCCCCGAAAAGCCCUCCAGCUUCCUCUGCACUCUACCGGAUGGGCUAAAGGCUUGCACCUACUUCUCCUACAUCACGGCAAUCAAGGCGGACGACGUUUGCGAGAUGUCAUCGUUGGCUACAAUAUGCCCGCUCGGGCAGAUGAACUGCGGCGUGUACGAGCCGAUCUGCGUCGAGGUGGUCAGCCCGACGUCGCGAAACGCCCCGCUGCAGGAGUACAACGACCGUACGAGGGAGUGCAGCAUUGACGGCUGCCCUCAUGGCCACCAUCCCUGCAACAUCCCCGAGAGAGGCGACAAGAAGAUUUGCAUGCCGUAUUCGCAUAUCCAGUCGGUUGGCGAGGGUGGACGAUGCAACCUGAUGGAUCCAAAUAAGAUUCCAGAUCUAAAACCAGCGAAAGAUUGCGCCGGGCUGAACAACACGGUAGCCUGCUGGGCGGGCGAUGACUACGCAUGCUUCCCCUUCGAACGUUUGACAUCGAUUAGACUCGACGACGACAACAAGACAAUCUGCAGAUUUGGACAAUGCCCGGAAAAGGGCAAGAUUCCGUGCAGCGAGGAGUGCCACCACAUUGACGACAUUCAAGCUGUGAAGCCGGAUGGGAGUUGUGAAUACCGGAAGAUGCGUCGCGGGACCAUCAUCAUAAUCGUCGCCUGCUCGAUUAUCGGGGCGGUGGUGCUGAUCGGUUUGGUGGCUUUGGUCGCCCGCGCCGUCCUGAAGCGCAACGAUAAGACGAGAACGGCCGACAGGCGCGACUCCAGCACGACGUCCAAGCUUCAGAAAGACAGCGACGACGAGAAGCGGCCCUUCAUGCCGUCGAAGAAGCAGGAAGCCAGCAAAACCAAGCACAAAGCC